AUGUUGGUUCAAGCACCAGCUGUGCCCUUCAGCAUACUCUUUGGUGCACCUCGGGCACGGAGCAGGCUUUUGCCUGCACCUUUGCGUGCUCGCUAUGCUCACUGUCUAGAUGCCGCGAGCCUUUCGGUAUCUCGCCUGCUGAGCGAAACUCACCGUCGCAGCAUUCGCAUGAGUGAAGGCGCUAGACUUGCCUCAUCUGCGGAUGCGGAAAGCUUCCAGAAGCGGCCGACGCCGGCGUUCCUCGCGUGGCUCCCUGUACUUGUCGCUGAUGUGCGCGGACUCUGGCUGGAGAUCUGGCGCUUCGCGCUUCGCUCCAUGGCAGCCUGCGAGUCAGGCCGCACCCCAUGGAUCCAAGCUGCAAUCACAGGCCUGCUGUGCGGCAGCCUGGCCGCAGCCGCCGCCGUGGCCGCAUCGCGGCGGCCGGUGGCAGCACCUUUGGCUGGGGGCUACUGGAUCACCCGCGUGCUGGCGCUCCGCUGGCUCACAGCCAUUUACUUCAUAGCCUUCCUGGUGGCACUCAGGCAGAACAAGGCGUUGAUUGGAGACAACGGGAUCCUGCCAGCACGGCACUUGUUGAGGCGGGUGGACCUCUCCGUCUCCAAAGCUGCCGGGAGAUGGCAGGAGCUGAGCUUUUAUGGCAAGGUGCGGUGCUUCCUUCUGCGUGCGGAGCGGCUGCCCACUCUGCUGUGGUUUGCUGGAGCCAGGCCCCUCAAUCCGUGGCUCGAUGGCCUCGCCUGGGCUGGCAUGGUGCUUUCCGGCGUGGCCUUCGCUGUAGGGGGGGCCUCCAUGCUGCACCUCUUCACGCUCUGGGUCUUGUACAUCUCCCUGGUGGCCGUAGGGCAGCGCUGGUAUUCCUUCGGUUGGGAGUCUCAGCUGCUGGAGACGGCGCUACUGGGGGCAUUGGCCGCGCCGGGUGUGGCAGGUGGGGCCUUUGCCGCGCCCCCCUCGCUGCUGGCACCGUGGGCCUUCCGCUGGCUGGCCUUCCGCAUCAUGCUGGGGGCCGGGCUCAUCAAGGCAAGGGGCUCCAAAACUUGGCUGGACCUCACCGCGAUGUGCCACCACAUCGAGACGCAGCCCAUCCCCAACCCGUUGUCCCGCUUCUUCCACAACCUGCCUCGGCCGCUGCAUCUGUAUGCCACGGCCUCCAACCACGUCAUCGAGCUGGUGAUGCCCUGGCUGCUCCUCUGUCCAUGUCGUGCGACCCUGGCAGCUUUCGGCGCAGUGCACAUCCUUUUUCAGCUGGCGCUCAUCCUGACAGGAAACCUGUCUUUUCUGAAUUGGUUGACGAUUAUUCCUGGCUUGUGGUGCUUUGAUGAUGCCACUUUGAUCGGUUUGCUCCCGGAAGCCAUCGCGCGACCCCUCGCUGACUCAGUGGUUCAUGCCAGAACGAUGACACCCACCACGAGCAGCUGCAUGUGGAUGUUUACCCGGGACGUCUUGGCGGGUUGUAUUAUCAUCUGGCUUUCGCUGCCAGUUUGGAAGAACUUGCUCGGCCCUCGUGGUGGAGGCCGGCAGAGGAUGAACUCCACUUUCGAGAGGCGACUGGUUGUGCCGCGCUUUGUCUCCCGAAUUGCCGGCGCUGGCAGGGAGGAAACGACAAACGACUCCACGGAGACAAGCUCCUCAUCGCCGGCACAGAAGCGGCGACGGUUGUUACCCGAUCUUGAGAUCAGCAUGAACCUGCAAAGUCUUCGACUGCUGAACACAUACGGGGCAUUUGGGUCCGUGAACACCGAGCGCAUCGAGAUCGUGUUUGAAGGCACUCCUGAUGGCCGCAACUGGUACCCGUACACUUUCAAAGCUGCUGUUGAUGACCCCAUGAAGCGGCCUGGUUUCUGGGCACCAUACCACCUGCGGCUGGAUUGGUGUCGAUGGAUCGCCUCCUGCCGUGGCCGCCGCUCAAACGGUUUGGCGGAGCCCUGGGUUCUGAGUUUCGUGGCGCACCUUCUCCGAGGGGACACGUCCACUCGCCAACUGCUGGCCAAGGGCGGCGACCCCUUCGAGCGAGCCGACCCACCGCUGCGCAUCCGGGGCGAACUUUACCAGUACGUCUUCGCGCCGCGGCCACGAUCACGUGCGGACCCAUACUGGCUUCGCGAGCGUGUGGGGAACUAUCUGCCACCGCUCGGUCUGGAUGAAAUCUCAGCCCGACUUGUGGAUCAUGGCUUGAUUUAG